AUGACUGAUUACUCCGACGGCGUUGGCGCAUGGGGCGCAUGGCAGGCUGAGCCGUCCAAGUUUACACAGCAGGUCGUAGACGCCAUGAGGACGCUUUAUCCGGAGGAGCUUGCCGAUCGAAAAUGGGACAAUGUUGGAUUGCUGAUCGACAACUCUGACGACACAAAGAAGCGCCAGCCGACGGUUAUGGUGACAAACGAUCUCACUUUCCAGGUCGCUGUUGAUGCCAUUGGUCAGGGCGUCAGCGUCAUUGUCAGUUACCACCCCUUCAUCUUCUCCGGCCUCAAGUCUAUUACAAACAACGACCCUCAGCAAGCUACCUUAUUACAGCUCGUGAAAGCUGGUAUCGCAGUCUACUGUCCACAUACCGCUGUGGACGCCGCACCAAAGGGCCUUAACACAUGGCUCGCCGAUAUUGUUUCGGGCCCUCACAAGAGCACUCGCUCCGUCGCUAUUCCCUGCGCCACGGCCCCUGAAACCCAUUCUCCGGCCGGAUAUGGUAGCAUAGGGCGAUUUGAGAACGGCGGUGUGUCUCUGGCCGAAAUUAUCAAGAGAGUAGCCCUCAAGCUAGGAGGGCUGAAGCACAUCAUGGUUGCUUCUCCCGUUGGCGCCGACAUCAAAUCCACUACCGUGCGUAGUUUUGGUGUCUGUGCUGGAAGCGGAUAUGACGUCCUCAAGUCGGCAGACGUAGAUUUGCUCGUCAUGGGUGAGACGAGUCAUCAUUCUGCUCUCAGGGCCAUUCAACAGGGUAAAACCCUGAUCCAGGUGUUCCACAGCAACUCAGAGAGGGGCUACCUUCGAGAGGUGUUGAAACCGAGCUUGGAGGCACUUCUGAAAGAAGUUGAGCCGGAGGCAGAGGUAUUAUUGAGCGAGUUUGACUCGGAUCCAUUUAGGAUACUGGAUGUGAGUACCUUGGAAGAGGAUUAA